CCGACGCGUCUGGGAACCAAGAAGCUCUCCGGAUCAUUUCUCUCUCCUCAGGCUGAGGGUCUGCAACAGAGAGAUUACCACCUUUCACAUUUUUCAUUUCGUUAAACCAACCCAGAGAAAUUCGACAGUCUUCUCCAUAGCAUCCUUCAUGAGCUGCUGAGCCGGAGGAAGAAGAUGAAGAUGUUUUUGGCGGCGGCUGCCCUCCUGGCACUGCUGCUGUCCUCCUCUCACGCCCAGGACACAGUGAACCCUCCGUCAGACUUGAGGUUUAGGAUUUUGAAUGAGAAAACAGUGCAAAUGAUUUGGAGUAAACCUCAGUCGAGGAUACAGGGCUACAGAAUACAAGUGACCUCAGACACAGAAGAACCAAUGAGAGAAUUUAGUCUGCCUGCAUCUGCGUCUAAGACCUCCAUCUCAGACCUGAGUCCAGAUGUGGAUUAUACCGUAACGAUAUCGGCGUACGCUGGAUCAGAGGAGAGUCUGCCCAUCUCCGGCCAAAUUACACUGGAGUCAACUGGAGGGACUUCCAGAAAACCAGACGCUUCAGAUUCAGUCAAAUGCUCUGUGAGUGCCAUCGCUGACGUGGUUUUCUUGGUGGACGGAUCCUGGAGCGUCGGCCGGCCGAACUUCAAAUUCAUCCAAAAGUUUAUCUCGGUGGCGGCCGGAGCGUUUCAGAUCGGAGCGGAGCGGACGCGGGUCGGCGUGGUCCAGUUCAGCUCCGGAUCCAGAACUGAGUUCAACCUGAAGACACAUCUGACCCGACCCACGCUGCUGAGGGCCAUCGCAGCGCUGGAGUACAAGGGAGGGAACACCAGGACAGGCGAUGCCCUCGACUACCUCCUGAAGAACUCUUUCUCUGAGGCGUCUGGUGCCAGGAAGGCUUUCCCCAAAGUGUUGGUGAUCAUAACGGACGGCAAAUCUGAGGAUCCCGUGGAGAACUACGCCCGGCAGCUGAGGAGCAGAGGGGUAGAGAUCUUUGUCCUCGGCAUCCAGCAGGCAAACGAGGAACAGAUGAAGCUCAUGGCCUCCGAGCCUCACACAAGUCACAUCUUUAGCGUCGCUGACUUUAACUUAAUCAAGAGUGUGCAGAACAAACUCGUCUCUCAGGUGUGCGCUGGCGUCGACGAUCAACUCAACUCACUCGUCAGCGGAGAAGAAGUUGUUGAGCCAGCGUCCAACCUCCAAAUCCUGGAAGUCGCCUCAAAGUCGUUGCGGUUGAUGUGGGACGCCUCCAUCGGAGAGGUUUCGGGAUACAAGGUUCAGAUGAUCCCGAUGAUGGCUGGAAGCAAACGGCAGGAGCUCCACGUUGGUCCGACGCAGACCCAGGUGGUGGUCAGUGAUCUUUCUCCAGACACAGAGUACCAGAUCAGUCUGUUCGCUUUGAACGGCCUGAUGCCCAGCGAGCCUCUGACCCUCAUGCAGAAAACACAACUCGUUAAAGUGUCACUGGAGUGUUCCCUUGGCGUUGAUGUCCAAGCCGAUGUGGUCCUCCUCGUCGACGGUUCCUACAGCAUCGGUCUGGCUAACUUCGCCAAAGUGAGAGCGUUCCUGGAGGUGCUGGUUACCUCCUUCGACAUCGGACCAGAUAAAGUCCAGAUCAGCUUGGUUCAGUACAGCAGGGACCCUCACACCGAAUUCUACCUGAACACUCACCACGAUCAGAGCGCCGUAGUGAAGGCGGUGAGAUCGUUUCCGUAUCGUGGCGGAUCCACAAACACCGGCAGGGCGAUGACUUACGUGAGAGAGAAGAUCUUCCAGGCCAACAGAGGAGCGAGACCCAACGUUCCUCGAAUAAACAUCCUCAUCACGGACGGGAAAUCCUCCGACGCCUUCCACAAUCCGGCCACCAAACUGAGGAACGCCGAUGUGGAGAUAUUUGCGGUGGGCGUUAAAGAUGCCGUGAGAGGCGAACUGGAGGCCAUCGCCAACGAGCCGGCGGAGACACAUGUUUACACCGUGGACGACUUUGAUGCCUUCACGAGGAUUUCCAAAGAGCUGACGCAGUCCAUCUGCCUGAGGAUCGAGCAAGAACUACGAAACAUCAUCCAAAGACGCCUGACCCAGCCUCGGGACCUCUCGUUCUCUGAGGUCGGCUCCAGGAGUUUCAGAGCCGCCUGGGAAAUGGACGCCACAGAUGUCGAGUCCUACUUGGUCCGCUUCAGGCCGGAAAACGGAGACGACGGGCAUUACGUUUCCAUGUCCGUCCCCGGAGAAACUCUAACUGCUGUCCUCCCUCACCUCACCCCUCUCACCCGCUACGAAGUCAACGUUCAAGCUCAGUACGCCAAAGGGAACAGCCUUCCUGUGACCGGCUUUGAGACCACUUUAGAAGAACGAGGCUCCGUGCAGAACCUGAGAGUUUCCGAAGAGACGACAGACAGCUUCAGAGUGUCAUGGCAGCCGGCUCAAGGAGACGUCACUCGCUACAAAUUGACGUACGAACCUGUAGGUGACGAGAGAUCGAGGCUGGAGACGACCACCGCUGGCAGAGAGACGGCCAUCGUGCUGCAGGAACUUCAGCCUAAAACCAAAUACCGCGUCACCGUCACGCCUGAAUACACAUCCGGCUCCGGAGUGCCACUGGACACUGAAGGCACCACCAAAGAAGCCAGAGGUUCACCUCGAGACCUGAGGGUGUUCGAGGAGACCGUUUCCUCCAUGAAGGUUUCCUGGGAGCCGGCUCCUGGAAGUGUUCAGCAGUACCGUGUUUCCUACCAACCCUCCGCCGGCGGUCCCAGGAAGGAGGUGACGGUGAAGGGAGACAACAGGGCGGCGCUCCUGAAGAACCUGCAGCCGGGGACCCAGUACGAGAUCUCCGUCAGCGCCAGAUACCCGUCAGGCACGAGCGACGCUCUGGAGGGACGAGGAACCACGCUAGAAGAGGUGGCCCCUCCUAAAAACCUGGUCACCAGCGACGUGACUGAAUCCAGCUUCAAGGCGUCGUGGACAGCGGCUCCCGGGAACGUGAAGAUGUACCAAAUCCGGUGGAAGUCGCUGUUUUCGGCAGAAGCCGGAGAUAAAACGGUGCCGGGAGACGAAACCGAAACCGUUCUGGAGGGUCUGAGUCCGGAGACGCUUUACCAAGUUUCUGUGAUCGCCACAUACGAGCAGAGAGACAGCGAACCUCUCAUUGGACAGGAAACCACUGACGCGUCUGCUGCCGGUAAAAGCUUGGCCGUGUCGGAGGAGACCGAGCGAUCCAUGAGAGUCUCGUGGACGCCAGCGCCGGGAAAAGUGGCGCAUUAUCGGCUGAAGUACUCUCCGAUUGACGGGGGAAAAGAAAUGUUCCUGAAGGUCCCCGGGACUAGCAGCUCCACCGUCAUGAAGCGCCUGCAGCCCACCACCACCUACACCAUCACCGUGAACCCCAUCUACAAGCGAGGGGAAGGAAAAGCAAGGCAAGGAGUAGGAACGACACUGUCUCCCUACAAGGCUCCCAGGAACCUUCAGACCUCAGAACCCACUAAGACCAGUUUCAGGGUCACCUGGGAUCCAUCUCCCGGAGAAGUGAAGGGAUACAAGGUGACCUUUCACCCCGAUGGGAAUGAUAUCGACCUGGGGGAGCUCCUAGUCGGUCCCUACGAUAACACCAUCGUUCUAGAGGAACUUAGGGCGGGAACGAAGUACACUGUGGCCGUGUCUGGGAUGUUUGACGGAGGGGAGAGUGUUCCUCUGGCGGGGGAGGAGAACACCACCCUGAUGGACGAUCCCGACUCUCCUCCCGUCGACACCUCCGACACUAAGUGUAAAACCACAGCACAAGCAGAUCUUGUGCUUCUGGUCGACGGCUCCUGGAGCAUCGGGCGCAUCAACUUCAAAACCAUCAGAAGCUUCAUCGCUCGCAUGGUCAGCGUGUUCAACAUCAGCCCUGACAGAGUCCAGAUCGCUCUGGCUCAGUACAGUGGAGACCCAAAAACUGAGUGGAACCUGAACGCUCAUAGCACCAAGGCCUCGCUGCUGGAGGCCAUCGCUAAACUGCCGUACAAAGGAGGAAACACCAUGACAGGGAUGGCACUGAACUUCAUCCUGCAGAAUAACUUCAAAACCAGCGCGGGGAUGCGUGAAAACGCCCGAAAGAUUGGCAUCCUGAUCACUGACGGAAAGUCUCAGGACGAAAUCGUGUUCACCUCGCAGAGCCUGAGAGAAAACGGCAUCGAGCUCUACGCAGUCGGUGUGAAGAACGCAGAUGAGGGCGAGUUGAGGUCGAUCGCCUCGGACCCCGACGACAUCCACAUGUACAACGUGAACGACUUCAAGUUCCUGGUGGACAUCGUGGACGAGCUCACCGUCAACCUGUGUAACAGCGUCAAGGGUCCAGGAGGAGAACUGGCGGCGCCCAGCAACCUGCUGACCUCUGAGGUGACCUUCAGCUCCUUCAGGGCCACCUGGACGGCCCCCGACGGACCAGUGGACAUGUACAGAGUCACCUACAGGAAGGUGGCCGUAGAGGAGAUGCUGGAGCUGCUGGUGGACGGGACGGUGAACUCCGUGGUGCUGACGGGUCUCGGUCCUCUGACCGAAUACCUCGUUAACGUCCACUCCAUAUUGGACGAAGUGAGCAGCGAGCCUCUGAAGGGCACCGAGACCACCUUGUCAGUGUCAGCCGUGAAGAACAUGAAUGUGUACGAUGAGACCUCAACCACCAUGAAGGUGACAUGGGGGGCAGCGGAGGGAGCGACGGGAUAUAUAAUGCUGUACAGAGCCACCAACGCCACCGAGCCUCAGCUGGAGCAGGAGAUUCGUGUUGGAGGAGAGGUGACCGACGUCCAGCUGGUGCAGCUGACUCCCAACACGGCGUACUCCAUCAGUCUGUACGCUCUGUAUGGAGAGGCAGCGAGCGACGCCCUGGAGGGGACAGGGGUCACCUUGCCGGUGCCUCCCGUCGGCGUCCUCACGAUCACGGACGUGACUCACAGCACCAUGACGCUCCGCUGGGACGCCGCUCCUGGAGCUGUUCGCAGAUACAUCGUGACCUACAAACCAGACGAGGGAGACCUGAAGGAGGCUGAAGUAGACGGGAACAUCGUCACGCUGGAUCUGUCCGGCCUCAUCUCCCAGACGGAGUACGAUGUGGCCGUGACCCCCGUGUACGACGAGGGUCCCAUCAACCCCCUGCUGGGCACCGCCAUCACAGAUGUUGUUCCCGCUCCGAAGGACCUCCAGUUCUCGGAGGUGACCCAGACCUCCUUCAGGACCACCUGGCAGCACGGCGCCCCCGACGUGGCCCUCUAUCGCAUCGGAUGGAACAAGAGGGGCGAGCAGAACCCACAGUUUGCCAUCCUGAACAGCGACGUGACGUCUAACGUUCUUCAGAACUUGGACCCGGACACGGAGUACUCGGUCACCGUCACGGCCAUCUACCCCGACGAGUCCGAGAGCGAAGACCUGAUGGGCAACGAGAGAACACUGUUAGACGCUCCGAAGGUGCCGGCGGAACCUCCCAAAAACUUGCGGGUUUUUAACGCCACCACGUCUUCUCUGACGCUGAAAUGGGACCCGGCUCCCGGCGCCGUGCAGAAUUACAAAAUCAUCUACAACCCCGGUACUGGAGGAGAGCCGCUCACAACGCAGGUUGGCGGGAAGAAGACGAGCGUGAUCCUGCAGAAGCUGGAUCCAGAGACCCAGUACUCCAUCACGGUGGCAGCCGUUUAUCCGACAGGAGUCAGCAGAGACAUCUCCGGAGAGGGACAGACCAAGCCCCUGGGGGGGGUGAGGAACCUGCAGGUGUUGAACCCCACCAUGACGACUCUGAACGCUCGCUGGGAGCCGGCUGACGGGCGAGUGAAGGAGUACAGGGUGAUCUAUGUCCCCGCUGCGGGAGGAGCUGAGACCAUGGAAACAGUGUCUGCAGGAACCACCAGCACCGUGCUCCGCUCCCUGCAGCCCGACACGCUCUACUCCGUCUCUCUGGUUCCUGUUUACCCCGGCAGAGACGGCAAGACCAUGACCGAGAACGGCAAGACACGACCUCUGGGGGGGGUGAAGAACCUGCGGGUGAGCGACCCCACCAUGACCUCUCUGAAGGUCAACUGGGACCCCGCGGAUGGAGCCGUCCGACUCUACAAAGUGUUCUUCGUUCCUGCAGCCGGGGGCCGAGAGGAGAUGGAGCAAGUCCCCGCAGGAACCACGAACAUCAUCCUGAGGAACCUUCUGCCCGACACGCCGUACACCGUCUCCGUGCUGCCGGUGUAUCCCGCCAGAGAGGGGAGGCGCCAGUCAGAGAACGGGAAGACACUGCCGUUGAGCGGCGUGGGCAACAUGCAGGUGAUCGACGCCUCCAUCACCACCCUGACGGUGAGCUGGAGCCCAGCUGAUGGGAACGUGCAGGGAUACAAAGUGAUCUACAGCCCCGUGGACGGAGGCCUGGAGAUCGUGGAGCAAGUGUCAGAGAGCACCACUAAGACGGUGUUGGAGAAGCUGCUUCCGGAAACCCGUUACACCAUCACCGUCGUUCCAGUUUACGCCGAGGGAGACGGGCCGAGCCUCAGCGAUGUCGGGAAGACAAAGCCGCUGGGCUUUGCGAGGAACCUGCAGGUGACCGACCCCACGACGAGUUCUCUGAACGUCCGCUGGGACGCGGCCGAGGGGACGGUGCGAGAAUACAUCGUGACCUGGGUCCCUGUGGCUGGAGGAGAGCAGGAAGUGGACCAGGUGUCAGGAACGACCACUUCUACCGUGCUGAAAAGCCUGGAUCCCAACACAGAGUACACCGUCACCGUGGUGCCCGUCUACCACGAGAUGGAGGGCCUGUCCAUGUCCGCCAACGGGAAGACAAAUCCUCUGGGUGGAGUGAAGAACCUUAAGGUGAUCGACCCCACCAUCAGUACUCUGACGGUCCGAUGGGAUCCUGCCGUGGGAAACGUUCGCAGCUACAAAGUCUUCUACACCUCCGAACCAGCGGGAGAGGAGAAAAUGGAGGAGGUGUUUGGAGGAACCACCACCACCACCACCCUGAGGAACCUGGAGUCUGACACCGUCUACAACGUGGCUGUGGUUCCCAUCUACCCCGACGUGGAGGGCAUCCGUCAGGCGGAGAAGGGAAAGACAAAGCCUCUGGGAGGAGUGAAGAACCUGCAGGUGAGCGACCCGACCACCAACUCUCUCAGGGUCCGCUGGGAGCCGGCGGAGGGCGACGUGAGGCAGUAUCAGAUCAUCUACGUCCCCACAGGGGGGGGGACAGAGAGCAUGACUCCGGUAUCCGGCAUGUCGACCAACACGGUGCUGAGAGACCUGAAGCCCGACACCGAGUACAAAGUGACGCUGGUGCCCAUCUACGCCGACAUGGAGGGGAAACGAGAGUCGGAGAACGGGAAGACAAAGGCUCUGGGCGGGGUGAAUAGUCUGCAGGUCUCUGAUCCCACCACCAGUUCUCUGAAGGUCCGCUGGGAGCCGGCGGAGGGAAACGUCCGGCAGUAUCGUAUCUUCUACGUCCCUUCAUCCGGAGGAGCGGAGGACAUGGAGCAGGUGUCAGGUGGCACCACCAACACCAUCCUGAAGAACCUGUUGUCGGACACUCCCUACACCGUGACCGUCGUCCCUGUUUACCCCGAGGGGGAGGGACUCCGCCAGUCUGAUGACGGGAAAACACUUCCACGUACGCCACCCAGGAACAUCCAGGUGUACAACCCCACCGCAAACAGCCUGAACGUGCGCUGGGAGGCGGCUUCAGGCCAGGUGCAGCAGUACAAGGUGGCGUACAGCUCCCUGACCGGAUCCAGAGCCCCCGGGUCGGUCCUGGUUCCUGGAGGUGUGACCAACGUCUUCCUGGAUAACCUGAUCCCAGACACUCCUUACUCUGUCAACGUCUCCGCUCUGUACGCUGACGGAGAGGGAUCUCCAGUCAGAGGCAACGGCAAAACACUGCCUCGAGGUGGUCCCAGGAACAUGCGAGUUUAUGACGCCACCACCAGCACCCUGACCAUCGGAUGGGAUCAUGCCGAGGGUCUCGUCAGGCAGUACAAGAUCUUCUACGCCCCGCUGACCGGAGACCCCAUCACCGAGUUUACGACGGUCCCUGGAAACAGAAACAACGCCCAGCUGCAGAACCUCCUCGCUGACACCCCGUAUAACAUCACGGUUCAGGCCAUUUACGGAGAGGGCCCUGGGGGGUCUCUGAAUGGAAACGGACGAACAUUGGGGAUGUUGAGCCCAAGGAACCUCAGGGUCUCUGAUGAGUGGUACACCAGGUUCAGAGUGGCCUGGGACCCAGUUGAAGCUCCAGUUCAGGGAUACAGAAUCACCUACAAUCCUGCAGGCACAUCGACGCCCAUGGAUUUCUUCGUGGGUGACGUGACGUCGUACACUCUGCACAACCUGCUGCCUGGCACCCCCUACGACCUGAAGGUUGUCGCUCAGUACUUCGGAGGCAUGAGCGACCCUCUGCCAGGACAGGGAACAACACUGUACCUGAACGUGACGAACAUUGAGACGUUCGACGUGGACCACGACAAGUUCUGCAUCAAGUGGGCUCCUCACAGAGCGGCCACUUCGUACCGCAUCAAACUGCACCCUUCAGACCCCUCCAGUAAGGGUCAGCAUGAGAUCACCAUCCGAGCCGGUCUUCCUCAGCACUGUUUCGACGGUCUCUCUCCCGACGCUCUCUACACCGCCACCGUCUUCGUGCAGACCCCAAAUCUGGAGGGUCCUGGGGUCAGCGCCAAGGAGAGGACAUUGGUGAAGCCCACUCCAGCUCCAACGCUCCCACCAACACCUUCCCCUCCUCCCACCAUCCCCCCCGCAUGGGCAGUUUGCAAAGGGGCCAAAGCAGAUGUGGUGUUCCUCAUCGAUGGAUCGUGGAGCAUCGGAGAAGAGAGCUUCCGGAAAGUCGUGCACUUUGUCUCCGGCAUGGUCUCUGCCUUCGAUAUGGUCGGACCCUCAGGGAUGCAGGUGUCCUUUGUGCAGUACAGCGACGAGGCGAAGACGGAGUUCAGGCUGAAUGCUUACAGAGACAAAGGCAUCGCCAUGUCGGCUAUUAAUCAGAUCCACUACCAAGGAGGAAACACCAAGACAGGCAUGGCUCUGAAACACACCUAUGAGAAAGCCUUCUCCAUGGAGAACGGGAUGAGGAGGAACGUCCCGAAAGUGGUGGUGACCAUCACUGACGGACGCUCUCAGGACGAAGUGAAGAAGAGCGCCGCCAAGCUGCAGCACGCAGGUUACAGUGUGUUCGCCAUCGGUGUUGCGGACGUGGACUUCGUGGAGCUGCAGGAGAUCGGCAGCAAACCGAGCGACAGACACGUCUUCGUGGUGGACGACUUCGAUGCCUUCGACACCAUCAGGGAAAACCUGAUUACCUUCAUCUGUGAAACUGCAACGUCAUCGUGUCCCCUGAUUUACCUGAAUGGAUUCACUUCCCCUGGCUUCAGGAUGCUGGAGGCGUUCAACCUGACGGAGAAGAUGUACGGUUCAGUUCCCGGUGUUUCCAUGGAGCCGGGAUCCUUCAACAGCUACACGGCCUACAGGCUGCACAAAAACGCUUUCCUCCACCAGCAAACCAC